AGCACGGCAUAGGGCAAAGGCAAGAGUCUCAACUCCUAAAACCUCAGCUCAUCCUGUUGCUGGAAAAACCAAACCUCAGAGGAGCAGACUUCAGAGAACAUUCCUCCUCUCAAGUCCAAGCCUGUCACGCCCCAACCUCGGGAGGCGCGACCGGUGCUCGAUCGAGUGAGCCCAACCGAGCAAGCCUCAUCACACACUUCCUACCAACUCAUCAUGAACAAGGAAAGCAGAAGCGGUAAAGCAAAAAGAGAUGAGUGCUUACAAUGCUUUUAAAGCUUGUGCUCCAAUCUCAUGGAGCCCUAAUCUAUACAUAACCCUUGUAAGGGGUAUUCCAGGCACUAGGAGGCUCCAUAGGCGUACCCUAGAAGCAUUGCGUCUGCGGAAAUGCAACAGGACUGUAAUGCGGUGGAACACGCCUACUGUUAGGGGAAUGCUUCAGCAGGUGAAAAGGUUGGUUGUCGUUGAGACAGAAGAGAUGUACAAGGCACGUAAGGAGAAACUAGCUGACCACAAAGCUCUACGUCCUCCAUUGGUUGUAAACCAUCAUGCAGCCCCUGCAGCUGAUUCAGUUCAGUAAUUGUUGAAACUCUUUCCUGGUCAGUUUUAUAAUUUUGCCCUGCUAGUCAACUAAGAUGAUGUAGUGCACCCAAGUAAUAUGUUAGGAAAUAGCAUUGCACCUUUGUAUACAGGAGGUGAUACAGUAUUUGUGUGGUGGUUAUCACUGUUUUGGCUAUAACAGAAUGCAUGAUGUCUCCGGAGUCUGAGCAAUCUACGGAAUUGGUUAGGUUGUUACUGUCAAAUGCAGAACUUGAAGAAAGAUACUGGCUCUAGCCCGUUGAUAUGGGAUCAUUUAGCUUCCCUUAUGUCUUGUUAGUUAUAACAAAGUUAAUCUAUGAUAGGUGGGUUACUUUGUGUUUACGUCAAGUUAGGAGCAACCUAAGAUUUUUGGGGUUUCUGCGAGAAUGCUAGCUUGAUUUCUCUGCUUUCUUCUGCCAUUUCCUUCCUUUUAUCUUCUUCGUCCUCGUCUUCUCUUUUUACUUUGCUGCUAUUUUAAACUGGCUGUUGGCGCGAUUUCUUUGUCUUGGUUACAAAAUUUGAGAGAGCUAAUAUCUGAAGUCUAAUAAGCAUUCUAUUUCUCA